AACAAAGCACCGUCGUAUCGCGGUCGGUAUCCCUUUUCCCAUUUCCCGACUCCCGUAGUUACGAACAACAAACAUUAUAAACGAAUCAGAUAAUAAUUUAAAUAUGACUAAAGUAGCAAACGUAAAUUCUAGUUUUGCUUACGAGAUAUUAAUGUAUCUUAAUUCGUUUUAUUUAGGCAUGUUUUUCGUUUGCGAAGUGGCAAUGGGAAUUUUGAAAGCCAUAAAUGUUUCUUACCCAGAAAAUGCAUUAUUGACUGAAGCGGGUAUUUUUUGUGCACUGUGCCUAGUGGAAGUGCUUCGUAUAUUUCUAGGAAGACGAGGAAAUCUCGCUAGCAAAAAGAUUCCUGUGUUUUUAUCGGUGAUACUAACGAUACCAUCGGCCGUUGGUGUAUGUUAUUUUUUAAUAUAUCAGACGUAUAUUUUAAGGCUCGAAUAUAUUUGGUGUGCUGUAAUGUUGAUAUUUCAUGCACUUGAACUGGCAUUCGCUAUUCUUUUUAUUUUUACUGUAUGCAAGAAUCAUCAAUAUGACUAGAAUAGGUUUAAAAGUACCUCCUUGCCAAAGAAAUAUUAGACAACUUGCCUAAAUUAUUAUUGGUUUCAAAUAUUUUUAUGAAACUAGAAGUUUCUACGAUAAAACCAAUUAUGAACAACUGCCUGGCAUUGUUUAUUAUAAUUUUAGCGAGUCUAACCUUUGUAGGAGAGUACUUUUAGACCUUGGCAAAUAUAAAUUACCCUUCAUCUAUGAACUGUCUUGUAGUAUAGAAUAAAAAAUAUUGUCAAAAUAUACUAGGUAUAGAAAAUAAAUAUACAAAUUUAACUAGUUUUUAAAUUGUAAGGACUUAUAGAUUUUU